AUGGACGUGGAGCACAAGGAUCACCUCCUCGCGUUCAGGCGCCACGCGGCGCUGUACCUCGUCCCGGCCUGCGCGAUGCUGCUGCUGUGGCGCUUCAACAGGCGCACCGCGACGGCGGCGGCGGACGACGUUGGCCUCGUCGACUUCUCGUGCCUGAGGCCGCCCCGGCGGCUGCGGAUCCCGAUCCCGGGCCUCCUCGAGCACCUCCGCCUCGUCGGCUGCUUCGACGACGGCAGCGUGGAGUUCAUGUCCCCGGUCAUCGAGGCGUGCGGGAUGGGCGAGGAGACCUACUUCCCGCCGUCGCUGCACUACAUCCCGCCGUCGGCGACGAACGCCGACGCCGUGGCCGAGGCGCGCGGCAUGUACCUCCCCACGCUCGACGCGCUCUUCGCCAGGACGGGCUUGCCGCCGUCGGCCGUGGGCGCGCUCGUCGUCAACUGCAGCGGGUUCUGCCCGGCCCCGUCGCUCGCGGCCCUGAUCGCGGGGCACUACCGCAUGCGCGCCGAUGUCAGGACGUUCAGCCUCUCCGGCAUGGGCUGCGCGGCGGGCGUCGUCGGCGUGGACGUCGCGCGGGGCGUGCUGAGCGCGCACGCCGCCGUCAGGUACGCCCUGGUCGUCAGCGCAGAGAUCGUCACGGUCGGGUGGUACAGCGGCAGGGACCGCUGCAAGCUCCUCCUCAACUGCUUCUUCCGCACCGGGCUGGCGGAGGGGCUCGGGCUUGUUGAGCGGGAGGCGGAGGUGGCCCUGAUGACGUUCCACCGGUUCGGCAACCAGUCGGCAGCGUCGCUGUGGUACCAGCUCGCGUACCACGAGGCGACGGGCGGGUCCGGCGCGGCGAUCGGGCGUGGCAGCUCGGCAUGGGGAGCGGGCCGAAGGCCAACAGCGUGGUGUGGGAGCGCGUCAGCGAAGACCCAGAGCCCGCAGCCGCGGACAAUGGCCCCUGGGCCGACUGCAUCGACCGAUUCCCCGCCAGAGAAUGAGAAUCCUAGCAGCAUUGCACAUUUGCCAUUGUUCAGCCUAAAGUUACUUCAGAAUGUCUAA